GCCGCCCGUGGGCCGGACGCAUGCGCAAUGGCGCGCCGCCGCCGCUACAACUACAGUUCCCAGCAUGCCCCACGCCCCGCCGCGCCUGCGCCCCGGGCGGGCUGCGCCGGUGGGGCCACGCUCCUGCCCUCCGCCGCGGGCAGCCGGCCCCGCGUUUGCCCCGCUCCCCGCCCCUAGCCAUGGACAUGGACGUCGGCUCUGUAGUCUCGGGGCUGUCGGGCGGGGAUGGAGCAGGCACGGGCCCGGGCCCGGCCCCGGCCCCGGCCAACGAGGACCGGGAGAUGGAGGGGGCUCCCAGCUGCUCGGGGUCGCGCCCCCUCCCCUUCGAGUUCGAGCGGAGCCGCUCGGAGUCCAGCGGCGAUGAGGACGACGACGAAGACGAGGAGGAGGAGGAGAUGGAGGAAGAGGAGCUAGAAGGGGACCCCGGGGCUCGGUUCGGGACGGACGACGGGGAGCUGGACUCGGACGACGAGCGGGAGCGUAUGAUAAAUCUCACAGAGUUGACCCCUUACAUCCUGUGUUCCAUCUGCAAAGGUUACUUUAUUGAUGCUACGACUAUUACAGAAUGUCUGCACACCUUUUGUAAAAGCUGCAUAGUGAGACACUUCUACUAUAGCAACAGAUGUCCAAAAUGCAAUAUCGUUGUACAUCAGACACAGCCCCUUUAUAAUAUCAGACUGGACCGGCAACUGCAAGACAUAGUCUAUAAAUUAGUUGUCAAUUUGGAGGAAAGAGAGAAGAAACAAAUGCAUGACUUUUAUAAAGAAAGAGGAUUAGAAGUGCCCAAACCAGCUGUCCCGCAGCCAGUUCCAGUGAGCAGAGGAAGACCUCGAAAAGUUCUGGGCUCUGUGUUCCGGAUCCCACCAGAACUUGAUAUCUCCAUACUUCUGGAGUUCAUUGGAGCUAAUGAAGGCACAGGGAAUUUUAAGCCUUUGGAAAAGAAGUUUGUGCGUGUUUCUGGGGAGGCAACAAUUGGACACGUAGAGAAAUUCCUCAGAAGAAAAAUGGAUCUGGACCCUACUUGUCAGGUGGACAUAAUAUGUGGUGAUCACCUGCUAGAACACUACCAGACACUGAGGGAAAUUCGUCAAGCCAUAGGAGAGAGCGCAGUGCAGGAUGGUUUACUUGUACUGCACUAUGGCCUGGUAGUAUCUCCACUAACUAUAACUUAAAGAUUGCUAGAGUAUCAGAAGGAAAAAGAAUCUGAAGUCAUCAAGCUUCUUCACUGCUGUUUUUCACCAAAGAAGGCCAUCGUGUUUCCUGUGACAGGAAGCAAGUAAAAGGAACCACCACUAACUGCUCUAUGCUUGUAUUUUAACAUCUGACAUUACCACUGUAAAAAAAUUACAGUUUCUGUAAGUACAGCUAUAGAUGUUGCUAUGCUAUGUGUUACAAAUUACUGUCUUCAAAUUUCACUCAGCUCAGGGAAUUUAAAUGCUCAGAGUAGCUGCAUUUUUUUUUUUUUUACUUUCUAAAACCACAGGACUUCACGGGGUGAACAGCCUUUUUUUCCUCUAAGCUAUGAGACAUUGUUUGCUUUCUAAGUGUCUAGCUAGAACAGUGCUCUCAGGGAUGAUCUUCAGUGGGUAGUAUAAGUUAUUCUGGGGAGGAGACAGUCCUUUGCCUAAAAAAAAAAAAAAAAAAAAAAAAAUGUACUGUGAUCAUCUGUCUUUGGAUGUGAUUUGGGGAAAGGAAGGGAACUUUAGAAAUGCAGACCAAAACAGGUAGAAAAUGACACAUUGUAAGCAUUUUUUUUUGACAAGUAGCAUUAAAUUUAGUUGUUUUUCUUGAAGAAAGACAACUUUCUUUGCACUGGAAAUAUAUUUGCUGGUAGUUUGGCUUAUACCAAAUGGUAUAUCAUGCAUCUCUAGUCUUAAUGGAGAUGAACUGGCUAUGAGCUGGUUAAACUAUGCAUGGGAGAAAAAAAGUAGCACCUCUUUCUACCUGCUUGCUGUAUGUAAAAUAAUCACUGUCAGCCUGAUUCUGCUAGCAUGUAAAAUCUCUCAACUGACUUGACUGGCAGAACCGUAAGUCUUUUGUACUUUAGCACAUCUCUUUCUAGCAGCUGUGAAAAUGGUAGCUUUUUCCACUCUUUCUACUGUGUACCUAGCGCAUUGUAGUGGAGAUGAGGGUUGAGUAAUGUAAUACUUGCCGGUUGCUACCAGUUUCAUGGAGAACAUUAGGUAACUUUAAUCUUAACAUACUAAAAUACUAGGUUUUGUGACAAUUGUAAUACUUCAAUUGUUGUUCUGUUUAAGAUUUCCAUGGUUUCUUGUGCAGUAUUAAGGACCAGAGCUUUGUGUUUUGUGGUCUUGCUGCAUACUAGGUCAUCAGUGCAGAGAUUCAUGAAAGCUACCAUUAAGCACCAGGCUCCCUCCCUUCCCUAUAGUCAGUGUAGGGAAGGGGAGGACAUUCCUUUCUAAAGUGUUUCAGAGCACCUAAGUUAGCUCAAAUGCACUUGCUCACUGUCAGCCUAAGAGGACUGGCAUCCUUUGUCUAAAGAAACCUUUCAUGAAUCCUUCCUCAGGUGUUUACCAUAAAUGUUCAGUUUUGUCUGUGAAGAUGGCAUCACAAGAAAAAAACACUCUUGUUUGAAGUAAUUCUUGUGAUGCUUCUAAAAAAUGUAACAAUUUCUAGCUACAAAUUCCUAUUUUACCUUUAAAGUUUGUAUAAAAGUAGUGUUUAAAAUGCAGCAGAAGAUGAGAUUAUUUUGUAAACACUUUGAGUUGUGUUGAUAAGAGAUUAUAUAUUGUAACAGUAAAAUAAAGUUUAUUUUAGCCAAUUUAAAA